AGCGAGCGCUGCGAGCGGAUACACGCGUCGCGAAGUUUUCAAACGCACUGCCGUUCCGAGGCCCUCGGCGCCAAUUGUUUGUUCCUCUUUCGAUCGGAACGCGACUUUUACAUUUUAUUGCUUUCCGAUGGGAGGUCGACUUGGCUGUGUCUUCUUGUGAAUCGUGAUGGGUGAAGUACCGAGGGUUUGAUGGGCAGCGGCUCGGUGGUCCUAUCAUGAUGGAAUCCGAAAAAUCACGUGCCAAUCCCGAUCGACUGAGUUUGUCUUUCAAUAACAUCAGCUACUCUGUACGCAGCGGUGUUUUCUCAAAAAAAUGGAAAAAGUUACUGUCGGACAUCUGCGGCGACUUCCAAUCGGGAGAGCUCACAGCAAUUAUGGGCCCUUCCGGUGCCGGCAAAUCAACGUUGAUGGACAUUUUAACAGGAUUCACGACAUCCGGCUGGCAAGGCGAAGUGCUGGUCAACGGUAGCAAGCGCAAUCUUGCGUCGUUUCGACGCUCGUCGGCUUACAUCAUGCAAGACGACCAGUUACAGCCAUUGCUUACCGUCGCCGAGGCUAUGCGAAUCGCCGCUGACCUCAAACUCGAAUCCAACCUCUCCAGCUGUGAAAAAAAGCAUGGUAUAGACGUGAUAUUGAAAGAAAUGAGCCUAGAAAGCGCUAUGAAAACACACACCAAAGAUUUGAGCGGGGGUCAGAGGAAGAGACUGGCAAUAGCGUUAGAACUGAUCAGCAAUCCGCCAAUAAUGUUUUUCGAUGAACCCACAAGCGGUUUAGAUAGCGUCACGUCACGUCAAUGCCUGGGACUAUUAAAGUCGUUAGCUCGAGAGGGUCGUACCAUCGUGUGUUCAAUUCAUCAACCGAGUGCCAGUUUGUUCGACAUGAUCGAUCAUCUCUACGUUCUGGACAGAGGUCACUGCGUCUACACCGGUAGUGCGCGAAAUCUCGUCUCGUUUUUAAGAAAUUCUCAUCUCCAAUGUCCUACGUAUUACGAUCCUGCUGAUUUUCUGCUAGAAGUACUGAAUGGCGAUUACGGUGAAGAGCACGUGGAACGACUGAUCAAUUCAUCCGACAAUGGCAAAUGUAAGCGUUGGCUUAACGAUAGUGCAAACAGUUCGAGUGUCAAUGAAUCAUCGGGAAUGCGCUGUCUCGAAUAUUUACCAAAAUUGCCAUUAUCAGCGAUGAUGAUUAACUACGAAUCUCAAAGUUUUCGCGCGAAUUCUGCUUACUAUGUUAAUGGUUUCUUCUGGCAGCUUUGGACUUUGCUUAAGCGGAAUAUUAUCAAACUUUCUAGAGACAGAAUUCUACUGUAUGUACGACUAAUAUUGCACGUACUGAUUGGUCUGCUGGUUGGCUCCAUGUAUUACCAAAUCGGCCAAGACGCCGCUCUCGUCCGUGAUAACGUCAGCUUACUUUUCUUCACUCUGAUAUUCGUCGUGUUCAAUGCAUUCAACAUCACCUACAUCACCUGUACGUUGAUAUCUGAAGAAAAGCCAAUCAAUCGGCUUCGCCCACAAUGCAUCUCGUUGAAUUUCAGUUGCACAAGAAUUGCCGAUCCUGACACCCUCGUUGCUCAAAUUAUUGGACUUAUUGUGGGCAUUAGCUUCAGCGUUCGAAACGCAGUGAUGUUUGGUCCAAUGGCAGUCGUCCCAUUCAUGGUAUUCAGCGGACACUUUGUUUACUUGAACGAUGCUCCGUCCUAUAUCCAGUGGCUGUUUCACGUAUCCUUCUUCAAAUAUGCCUUUGAAGGUGUUGUAGUUGCUAUCUACGGGUACGAUCGACCAAAAUUGAAUUGUUCCGCUGAUUAUUGUCACUUCAGACUUCCUAAAACACUACUCAAGAUGGUCGACAUGUUGCACUCCAAUUAUUGGAUAUCGGCAGUUUUUAUGAUCGGACUUUACAUUGCACUCGAUGUCACUGCCUUUUUGUUAUUACGAGUGAGGUUGAGAAGGAGAAAGUGUAUGAUUUAAAUAAGGCUG